CUUCAUAUCCCUCUCUCUUUCCUGCAUACCCAGUGGAGAGAGAGAGAGAGAGAGAGAGAGAGAGAGUAAAGCGAAACAAUCGACGAAAGCUACGAUUCAUCAGUCUCCAUGGUAAUUCGUAGGGUUUUCGUAAAACCAAGAAAGGAAAAAGCCAAAACCCCAUUAAAGAAGCAAUUUGGAUAAAGCUCUCUCCUUUCGACAGUGUUCGAACAAGAAGAGGGUACCGGAGCAAGAAGAAUCGAAAUGUUGGUCCGGAUGUGAACCGUACGCCAAGGAUCCGGCUCGGAUAUUGAAGAUCUCCGCAUUGGUUUCGCCUAGUUCUGUUUCCUUAGCAUCGAUGUCUUUAGCUUGGUCAAGUGGUUUGCAGGUUCUUCUGCCUUUGGUUAGAUUUUGUACUUCUCCACUGAGCGAACUUUAAACUUGCCCAGAUUAAUGAAGGAAUCAUUUGAUUUGGAAUAUUAAGCAAUUUAAGCUCCAAGAGGUAUAUUUCUUCGUAUGAAAGAAGACAGAGAACGGGUGGCGUCAGAAUAGUUGGAGAAAAAUGAAAUCUGGCACCCCUCUUGAUUAUGCUAUAUUCCAGCUGUCGCCAAAGCGCUCAAGGUGCGAAUUGUUCGUUUCCAGCAAUGGAAACAUUGAAAAGCUUGCAUCAGGAUUGGUGAAGCCUUUUGUGACUCAUUUGAAGGUUGCAGAAGAACAAGUGGCACUGGAAGUUCAGUCAAUUAGGCUUGACGUAAAGCACAGUAAAAAUGUUGAAACGUGGUUCACAAAAGGGACACUUGAGAGGUUCGUACGCUUUGUUAGUACGCCAGAGGUUCUGGAAUUGGUUGAUACAUAUGAUACGGAGAUGUCUCAAUUAGAAGCAGCUCGCAGAAUCUAUUCACAAGUGGGAGCAGGAAAUCAGCUGUCGAGCUCAUUGAGUGGGGAUGGAGCAGCAGCAGCAGCUGACGCAACAAAGAAGGAACUUCUGAGAGCUAUUGAUGUGCGGCUUGGUGCUUUAAGGCAGGACUUAACAACAGCUUGUGCUCGAGCAGCUGCUGCAGGUUUUAACCUUGACACAGUUUUGGAACUCAAACUGUUUGCAGAUCAGUUUGGUGCCAUUCGCCUAAACGAUGCAUGCAGCAAGUUCAUAGCACUGUGCGAGAGACGGCCUGACCUGAUCAACCCAUGGAAGGCCACAGUGGACGAUGCUGUCCGGUCUUCAUGGGAAUCGGACAUGUCUAUCGAUGAAGAUCCGUCUGAAGAACUGCCGAGUGGGCCCAAACAACCCCAGUGCCACCAACCCGAAAGUAAACACUUCAUCGCCGGAUUAUCUGAUGCAACUCAGCAACAUCUUGAGCAAUCCAAACCCUCCAGGGGGCAGCAGCUACCAAUUCCCUCUUCUGUCUCCUUUCCUAUACGAGGUAGUAGGGAGUCAAGUGUCGACAGAGACGAGGACAAGGAAACCCACAAGGGCGGUGAGGAAGAGGAGAAAGGUGAUGGAGUGAAUCAGAAUGAGUCCUCUCAGACCCCUAAGCUCACAAGGCGGCUCAGUGUUCAGGAUCGGAUCAGCCUUUUUGAGAACAAACAGAAGGAGAAUUCUGGAAGUGGUGGCAAGCCCGCUGGGAAGUCUGCUGAACUCAGGAGAUCACCCUCCGAUGUGUCAUCUGUUCCCAAUGCAGUUGAGAAGGCAGUGUUGAAGAGGUGGAGUGGUGCCAGUGACAUGAGUAUUGAUUUGGGUGGUGAAAAGAAAGACAUUGAGAGCCCCCUGUGUACGCCUUCUUCUUCCUCGGUUUCUCAAACCAAGCCAGAAGAGCAGAAGGCAUGGAAUGACACGUCAGCUUCUGAGAAGCCUGAACUUAAAAGCGCUAUUGGCAAAGUUAGUGGUAGCGAUUCAAAGCAUCAAACUGAUCCUCAAAUUAAGGUUGGGGUUGCUUCUGGUCAAGAGGCUGCUAUUGAGAGAAAGGUAGGUUUGGAUUUUGGAACCCCAUCGGCAGUUUCUAAUGGCUUGUCCGCAGGUGCUUCUGAGUCCAGUAAAUUUACAUCCACUUUGGCAACUGUUGAGAGUGACGGUGGGAAGGAUCAUACACGUGGUAGGACCCAGUCCCAGAUAAAAUCCAACUUUUACAGGGCUGAGGAUGACAGUCUGACGGAUCAGGUAAAAUCUCAAAUCCAGUCAAGAUCUUUGUCUGGUGGCAGGCAAGAGCAGAUUGGUUUGACAGACAAAGGAAGGUCCAAGGGUUAUUUUGCGGGCGAUGAGAGUGGUGGAAUCAAAAUGCAAGCGGCUUCUGAGACGCAGAUUGAUGGAGAGAAAGACCGGGCUGUUUCCCUGAGCCAUUUACGAGUGGAAUCAAAAGGUCAGCGGGUUUCUCAUAGUAUGGAACCUCCUAGGACAGCUGUGGACUCUGGGCAGUCAGCUGUCUCUGGAGUUAAAUUUCGGGAAGCAUCUGCAACUCGGUACAAAGGGAUUGAGGGUGAUUCAUUAGCUUCUCAGUCCCAGGGGAGAUCCUUUGGAGUAGUUGUGGAAGUGGGGAACAAAGAUUUGGGGCUGUCUGAGAAGCAACCUGUCAAUACCACGAAAAGAGCAGAAGACACUGGACACCAAAGAAUGAAUUUCCAGGAACAGUUUUCCACACCUGAAUGGACUAAAAAGUCACAGGCUAGGAGGGAAGAAAAAAAUUCUGACUACAGAAAUAAGAGGCCAGACUUAUCUAGUAAAAUAGUGUCGGAAGAUCAGGAGGAUUCUGGUACGGUUCCAACUGUUCCUGGAGAGCAAUUUCAGAGGGUAAGGCAGCCUAAAGGAAACCAGGAACUCAAUGAUGAGCUGAAAAUGAAAGCAAAUGAGCUUGAAAAGCUUUUUGCUGAGCACAAGUCCAGUUCCGCACGGAAGAAUAAGCCUGAACAAGCAGCGAGCUUAACGUCUCUAAAACCACCAGCCGAGAUUGCUCCUGCUCAAACGACUGACAAGAACACAGUGACCGUAAAUUCGAGAGAUAGCAAAAUGUCAAACUUUAGUACGCCACCAAUGAAGAUGUUAGAUAAUCAGGAUGAUGGUGAUUCUCUGAAGCAGAAGUUCUCUGAUAUUGGCCUUUCAGAAGAUUCCAGAGGAAAAUUCUAUGAAAGAUAUAUGCAGAAAAGAGAUGCAAAGCUUAGGGAAGACUGGAGUUCUAGAAGGGCAGAAAAGGAAGCCAAGAUGAAAGCCAUGCAGGACAGAUUUGAAUCAAGUAGAACAGAGAUAAAGGCCAGUUUUUCAGGGUCUGUUGACAGGCAAGAUUCAGCGGCAGGCAGCACUCGCCGACGUGCAGAGAGACUCAGAUCAUUCAAUACCCGGUCAAAUGUGAAAAGGGAGCAGCACCCAAUAGAUCUUCUGCAGAGUGAAGAUGAAGAAGAUUUAUCUGAGUUUGCAGAACAGGUAUCUUUUGGUCAUGAAAGAUCCUUAAGUGAGACAUCUAUAGGGGACAUUGCUUCUAAAAGCUCCCAAACUAAGAAGCUUUUACUCAAUAAAAAUCUUCCGUAUUCCACCCCUCGGACUUCUGCAGUUCCAGCUCAGAGGUCUGCUGUAAGAGCUUCUAACUCCAGUACAGGGAGACGGAAAAUGCAAUCUGAGAAUCCUCUGGCGCAGUCAGUCCCCAACUUUUCUGACUUGCGAAAAGAAAACACGAAGCCUUCUUCUGGAGUUAGCAAAACAACAACACGCCCACAAGCCAGAAACUAUGCCCGCAGCAAAAGCAAUGGUGAAGAGAUUCCCCUUAUAAAGGAGGAGAAGACACGACGGUCACAGUUCCUAAGGAAGGGCCCCGCAACUCCUGCUGAGUCCUCUCUGGACUCAGAGGGCAUUGUUUUGACCCCAUUGAAAUUUGAUAAAGAACAAACUGUAAAUAAUCCCCAUGACAAAUUGGCAAAGAACAUGGAGUCAAAGCCUUUUCUCAGAAAGGGUAAUGGUAUUGGUCCUGGUGCUGGAGCUGUUAUAGCCAAGAUGAAGUUUUCAAUGGCAUCUGAGACUAUGGAUGGCGAAGAAGAGUCAGAUCAGUUCGUCAUUGAGCCAGAAGAGUUGGUGGAUGCAGUAGAAGAUAAUGAAGAGGAAGAGUCUGAAGUCAUGAUUACUGAAGAUAAUACCGACGUGGAUAAUGGCAAACCAAUACUGAGCCAGGAAUUUGACAAGUUUAAUUACGGAUCAGAAAGCGGUGAUGCUCUGAGAUCUUUUUCUCAAGUGGACCCUUCUUUUGUGGCUGAGUUGCCUGCUGCAGUGGGUUCGACCUUUCACCCAGCUGAUUCUGUCCAAGAUUCGCCUGCAGAAAGCCCCGUGUCGUGGAAUUCACGCAUGCAAAAUGCGUUUUCUUAUGCGCACGAGACAUCGGAUGUUGACGCAUCUGCUGACUCACCAAUAGGGAGCCCUGUGUCUUGGAACUCACACUCUCUUAAUCAGGCAGAGGCAGAUGCAGCAGCUCGAAUGAGGAAGAAAUGGGGAAGUGCUCAGAAACCUGUUCUCGUUGCUAAUUCUUCCCAUAGUCAACCACGCAAGGAUGUGACAAAAGGAUUUAAACGGUUAUUAAAGUUUGGACGGAAAAGUCGUGGCACUGAUAGUUUGGUUGACUGGAUUUCUGCCACAACUUCUGAAGGGGAUGAUGAUACUGAAGAUGGACGGGAUCCUGCUAAUCGGUCAUCAGAAGAUCUGAGGAAAUCGAGAAUGGGCUACUCUCAAGGCCAUCCUUCUGAUGAUAGCUUCAAUGAGAGUGAAUUUUACAGUGAACAAGUUCAAGCCUUGUACAGUUCUAUCCCGGCACCUCCAUCAAACUUUAAACUGAGGGAUGAUCAUUUGUCUGGAGGUUCUGUCAAAGCCCCACGAUCGUUCUUCUCUUUGUCAACAUUUCGGAGCAAGGGAAACGACUCAAAGCCGAGGUAACACUGUCUUUGAGAAGGCGGCCCAAACUCUGAUUGCUGCUACGAAUAGCCUGUUGUUGAGGUAGGCUCCAUACAACCAUCUAUAUAAGCCUAUCCUUUGAAAGGUAUGGCCAUCUACAUAAUCACGGUGGUGCUAUGUAUAUCUUGUUGGAUUUUUGAUGCCUUCUUCGUGAUUUAGUCAGUUGUUUCCAUUACUUGUGUUAAAAUGUCAUGUUGUAUAUUGUAUUAAGUGAAACUUUGCCAAUUGGCAGAAUGUUGGUGAUUUUGGUAGUCGAAGCAUUCUUUCUCAUGUUCAUUUGCACUUGACUUUUGUGAUGUAUAUCAGAUGUUGGGUUACCGAAAUAUCUACAGUUUUAAAAGAGUAAUGUAUUCACGCGGGACAAUAGCUUUGCUCA